CAGCUCAAAUAUUAUACUGGAAAAAAAUAUCAGAUUCCACUAACAAAGUAAAAGCAACACAAAAAAACAAUAGAAAAUCUCUCCCAUUCUUUUUGCUCUCUUUCUCCAGCUCCUUGCAUUUUCCCAAAUUCAACUCCUUAAUCUUGCAUCGCUGCUUUUCGUUUCUGCACCUGCUUUUCUUAUUAUUGAUUUUCCUGAUUUCAGCUCUUGCACCUUUUGUUGGUGGUUUGGUUCACCGCAUUCUGUUGAGUUUAUGUUUCGCAGCUAUUUAAAUAUAUAAUUCUUUUUCUCUCUACUUUUACCUUUUGGAUUGAUUGAGUAUGCAGAGUGGAUGAGUAUGCAAUGAUUAUCUGUAAAAGCUAGGAUUUAGUGUAGGACUUAAUGAAGCUUUUAGGUGUUUAGGCCGUGUGUUUUUGGGCAGACAAAUUAAUUUAUGGAUCGGUCGGUAGCAGCGAUCUUGUGCUGCGUUAUUACUGUAUUCGCGAGGUUUUUGCGAGUUUCUUCCAACGCUGAAGGUGAUGCUUUGAAUUCUCUGAAGAGCAAUUUGGCGGAUCCUGAGAAUGUUCUUCAGAGUUGGGAUCCGACCCUUGUCAAUCCUUGCACUUGGUUUCACGUCACAUGCAAUAGCGAGAAUAGUGUUACUCGCGUUGAUCUUGGCAAUGCAAAUUUGUCAGGCCAACUGGUUCCACAGCUUGGUCAGCUCUCAAAUUUACAGUAUUUGGAACUUUAUAGUAACAACAUAAGCGGAAGAAUUCCAAGCGAGCUUGGAAACUUAACAAACUUGGUGAGCUUGGAUCUUUAUCUGAAUAGUCUAACUGGUUCAGUUCCUGACACAUUGGGCAAGCUUCAGAGACUGCGUUUCUUGAGACUAAACAACAACAGUUUGGGUGGAGAAAUUCCCAAUUCUCUGACUACCAUCUUCACACUUCAAGUCCUUGAUCUUUCAAAUAACAAACUCACCGGGAAAAUACCAAUCAAUGGAUCCUUUCAGCUUUUCACACCUAUCAGUUUUUCCAACAAUCUCUUGGAACAGCUCCCAGUGUCUCCACCUCCUCCAGUUCCGCAGAACAACCCUUCUUCUCGAGUUGGAAACAGCGCUACUGGAGCUAUUGCUGGAGGGGUUGCUGCUGGAGCUGCCCUUCUAUUUGCUGCUCCUGCAAUAGCACUCGCAUGGUAUCGGAGAAGGAAGCCACAGGAUCAUUUCUUUGAUGUUCCUGCUGAAGAGGAUCCCGAAGUUCACUUAGGGCAGCUCAAACGAUUUUCCCUACGUGAGCUACAAGUUGCUACAGAUUACUUUAGCAAUAAAAAUAUUCUUGGGAGAGGUGGAUUUGGUAAGGUUUAUAAAGGCCGUCUAGCAGAUGGAUCUCUAGUGGCAGUGAAAAGACUGAAAGAGGAGCGCACACAAGGCGGAGAAUUACAGUUCCAAACAGAAGUAGAAAUGAUCAGCAUGGCUGUCCAUCGGAAUUUACUUCGUUUGCGAGGCUUCUGUAUGACGCCAACAGAGAGACUGCUAGUUUAUCCUUAUAUGGCCAAUGGAAGUGUAGCAUCAUGCUUAAGAGAACGAUCUGACUCUCAGCCCCCUCUUGAUUGGGGAAUUAGGAAAUGUAUAGCAUUGGGUUCUGCAAGGGGACUUGCGUAUUUGCAUGAUCAUUGUGACCCGAAAAUUAUACAUCGUGAUGUCAAAGCUGCAAACAUAUUGUUGGAUGAGGACUUCGAAGCAGUUGUUGGUGACUUCGGUUUGGCCAAAUUGAUGGACUACAAAGACACACACGUAACCACUGCUGUCCGUGGAACAAUUGGUCACAUUGCCCCUGAAUACCUCUCUACCGGUAAAUCUUCUGAGAAAACAGAUGUUUUUGGGUAUGGAGUUAUGCUUCUUGAGCUCAUCACCGGGCAGAGGGCAUUUGAUCUUGCUCGGCUUGCCAAUGACGACGAUGUUAUGUUACUUGAUUGGGUCAAGGGACUUCUAAAUGAGAAAAAAUUGGAAACAUUAGUUGAUGGAGAUCUUAAGGGCAAUUAUAUUGACGAGGAGGUGGAGCAGCUGAUCCAAGUAGCUCUCCUGUGCACGCAGAGCUCACCGAUGGAGCGGCCGAAGAUGUCGGAUGUCGUUCGGAUGCUAGAAGGCGACGGGUUGGCAGAGAGGUGGGAGGAGUGGCAGAAGGAAGAAAAUUUCCGGCAAGAGUUCAAUACCAUCCAUCACCCUAACACUGAUUGGAUAAUUCCCGAUUCCAUAUCUAAUAUCAGAGCUGAUGAGUUGUCUGGACCACGAUGAUAGUGGUCAGAGAUAAGCAUCUUACCAAUUAAGUUGCAUCUCGUUGUCCAAUCAUACUGUAUAUUUCAGACUGAGAAACUCCUCUGAUUUUAUUGAUAUUUUUCACCUUUUGUAUAUGGUUUCUUUUUUUGGUUAUGUAAUUUUUUAGUGUUCGAGAAUUUUGAUGAUAAGGCAGGGGUCUCACGUUGAGUAGCGCCAAUGUUUUUAUAUUUACGAGUGUACUCCAGAUUUAUGUAUGGGACAAACAUGGUUUAGAAAAUAAACAUCUUUUCUCUCU